AUGGAGGUGAUGGAGGAAGGAAAUCUUAUGGACAGAAUUCCGAUUCUGCUCCAGCGUGAUUUGCAGUACUACGAGGCAAAUCAGAAAGUCCUGCAGGAGAACAUUUGUUCCGGUGUGGUCGGUGGCAAACUGGACUUUCCCCGUUCGGCUUCAUUCGCGUCGGUUAAAAUCGUCAUUUGGUAUGUGGAGUUCUGCGCACCGUUGUGUAAUUCACUUAUUGAGUUUGGUUCCAUCAUUUCUUACAGGUUGGAAGACGAAUAUUAUGCGGCGUAUCGUAAGAAUUCGGGUUUACUUCACCUGGCAGAUGCGUUGCAAGAUCAGCAAGGGAAGGAACCGGAAGAGGCGGCCGGAUGCGGUGGUAUCGUAAAGUCGUCCGAUCCGGAAAAGUUUGUCAUACUCGUUUCCAAGUCCGUUGACAACUUGUUAGAACACAUUCAUACCUUGUCGCAGGAAGCGCUCGAUCACGCAGAUCUCACCGUACUGACGGCUACGAUCGGUGCAGCCGCCUUGGUGAAGAACAGCCUGUUCGUGUGGUUGCAGUGCGUGACCAAAAACGUGUGUCCUCCGAAAGGUGACGAAAAGGGUGGUUCUCUGAAGCUAAGCUACAAACAAUACUCAGAGAUGACGGAAGCAUUGGCCGAACGGUUGCUCGAUCUGCACUGCCGAUUGUUGACGCUGUACAUCACCCAGGAUGCGGACUGUUUGCACUGGGAAAGUCCUCAUCCGUUCUUUGAGUCGGAGCGCGGUUCCUACACCAUCCAGAUGUGGUGGCUCUACAUGCAGGGGACCAAACAGGAUCUCUGGAACUCGGUACCGCCGACCAUGGCCCAACGUGUCUUUGCGGGCAUGCUGAAUGAAACUUUAACCGUGCUGACGGUGCGUUACACACAGACUGUGCCUAGUCGGGCUCGCUCACCAUUACUGCUGGUCGAUGUGUCUAACAUUCUGCUGUGCGUCGGUGAACUACUGCCAGCAAUCUGUGCGAAUGGGGAGGCUUUCGUGGGCCUAAACCUGCCCAGCCAAAGCAAAAUCAUUCGCGACAUUCAUGCCAAGUGUCAGGAGCUGUUCUGUUGUCUGCUGCUGCGUGGUAUUCCACUCGGUGCACUCUACAAGGUCGCGAAGAAGGGCGUACAGGGAGGGAUUGCAAUGUUUGGCCAACGACAGGGAUUGAUUGUUCCUUGGACGAUUUUCACCAUGCCGAAGCUUUUUCCACCGAACCUGAACGCACACUGGGCUGCCCGUUGUUCGGAGUUGCCGACCAGCACGGCCCUUACACUCGAGCUGAAGGUACUACUGGCAGCUCCACAAGCAAACUGGUGGUUACUGCUUAAGGUGCUGCUAAUGCGUGAAGCACACCUUUCCUCCUUGAUCUUUCAUCAUCUGAUCCGCAAUCUGCCAUCGUGCGAUAACUUCAUCCCGAGCGCUCGGCAACCGUCCGUCAAUCGGGACUGCCUGUCGAAAAAGUGUGAGGGAUUCCUUUGCGGGCUAGAGUGUAACGAUAUCGUGCAGUGGGCGUUGGAACAGAAUGAUCCGAUCGGUCAGUCCAACUAUCAGGUGCUGAUGGGCCUCACGUACAUCGUCAUCAUGGCGGGCAAGACCUCCGAUAUUAACAAAACACUCAUCUCGGCCCUGGAGAAGAGCAAGAUGAACGAUUGGGCGUCCUGUCUCGAUCGGCGGCAGGUGUGGAACCAGAAGCGCCCUCCAUGGCUCGAAGCCAUCCUGCAUCUGAUCUAUCCGAUCCUGGGCCCAGUCGUCCAUAUGCUCGUUUCCGCCGUCCAAACAACGGCCAGCAUGUAUCAAGCGAUGUCCUUAUCGUUGUCCUGCUUUUCGGAGAUGUGGGACUGUAUUCCGGAUUGUCUGUACACCGUUACCAACUGUCUUACCGAGAUACUGCCAGCCGAAAUACGUCCACUCGGUGAUUCGGUGUUGAUACAGCUGCUCUACAUCGCACUCUACUCGAAACUGCUCGAGGUGGCCGAAACUGAAGCUGAGGCAGAAGCGAAAGAGCAAACAAGCGGUAAUACGGCUUCCCCGGACGUAUCCACUGCUCCAGUGUCCACCAUAAACAUGAAACCAAAGUCGGUCAUUUGUCAAACACUGGCCGAAGCAAUCUGUUUCAUCGAUGAGGACAACAAACACACGGAACAGAUCAACUCACUCAUCAGUCAGGCACGGGAAAGCCAGCGAUCGAUGGGUCAGCUGGAGCACGAUAUUGAUGAUGCGGUUGGAUUGACAAGCUUUGCCAGUACUUCGCGCGUAGAUGAUGUGGAAGCGUUCCUGCGUCAAACGACCCCCAGUGUACGAUCGGAGGAAGAGUUUGAUGUGGAAAAUGCGGAGUACAUUGCCGAAAUGUUGGUUAGCGAUGUGCUGGUGACGAGCGUUGGAAAGCUGAGCAUGAAGAUGCUUUAUCAGUACAUUCGGAAGAACUUCGACUGGAUUCUGCAACAGUUGGGUGUGAGUGAUAUUGAGCACAAUCCACUGCAACCGAAUCCAGGUCAAAGCAUUCGCGAGGAACGUCAAACGUUGAUUGAUCUGAUGUUUCACAUUGGUCACCGAUCGUUCGAUCAGUUGCUUAGCGGUGGGCUGGACAUUGACUAUACCAAGUGGUUCCAAACGCCCAUGUCGAUGAGUGUGGAGAAGGCCUGGCUGCAGGUGUGUCAGCGUUGGGAGUUUCAGGAAACCGCCAAGUUGUCCGUGCACGAAGCGUUGAUGGUAUCGUUUAUCACUUCACAGCUGAAGCCUUAG